AUGGGCAAAAUCGAAAUUCCGAUGCUUGUGCAGCUUAAAUUGAAGCAUCUAAUCGGAGAUAGCAUGGUCGUGCCAGCAGAGAAGCAUGGCUAUGCAGCGUCCGAAGAUGUAGAAGCGCGUUUUUUGCUGCUUCGCCACCAUAAAGCACCGUUUUCGAAGGCUUGUUUUCCGGCAAGGUUGAGCGAGAGCCAUGGCGAGCUUGACAGGCUCAAGGCUCAUGAUGUGAUUACACUCAAAAAGUUGACCUGUGUACCUUAUACUUUAAACUACGUGUUUAAAUCCCAUCACAAAUAG